AUGGGGAUCCUUCCCAGCCGCGAGAGCCACGAGUACCCCGGCGCCUUCCACUUCGCGCUGAGCGGCAGUCACGCCAUGGCGAUUCUACCCCUGACGGAGCACUUCUUCCCUUCGGUCGACUCACUCGCCUUCCGGCAGCUCUACGCGGGCCGCGACAUGCAAUCUGCCAAGUACAACUUCUCCCUCAUAUCGCCCGAACUCCUGCGCAAGUACCGGCACCGCUCCAUGGAGCAGAGGCGCGGGAAAGGGAGGGUGGGGGAUGAGGCGAUGGCGCCACCGGCGGGCCGCAAUAAGCCGCAGCCGUACCUUCGACAUGGCCAGCCGCCUGGUGACGACAGUGACGCAGAUGGGAAAUGGAUCGGUGUUGACACCAUCGACGCGAGCAACUACGGACAGUUCUUCAAGGACGACACGCAGUGCGUGUCGCCGAAUGACCCGACGUCGCUGUCCCCGGAUGGUGACGAGGAGGUCUGCGAGGAGUUGCAAUGGCCAAACCCAGUGGCGCACUGGCGCACCCACGACACAGCCAAGCAGCUCAUCCAAGACAGGGAGAACGAGCUGGGCUUCACCGAUGAGCUCAAUUAUGUGAGCUUAGAUGGAAAGGGAGGGGGGCUGCGCUGCCUGCCAUCGUCGCUGUCGCUGCCGUGCUCCUCCGGCCAGUGUCCGCGGUACGGGCAGACGCACAACGCCUCCACGGAGGCAGGGACUGACAGCACGGCUGCGACGGCGCACUUCACUGCCGAGGAGCGCGACUUGGUGAAUCGGUUUUUCGCACGCAGUCCAGAGGCGCUGUACAACGCGCUCGUCGUGGAGCCGAAUAAAGGCUUCCUCGUUGACACAAACAAGGAGAUGUGCCGCUUGUACGCAGCGGAGCAGCGCUGGAAGGAGGCGCGUAACGUUGUGCGCGCCUACCGGCGCCAGUGCAAACAAGAUGCCGCUGCCGGCGACGCAGCCCAGCCGGCGGCUGGCGAGUCCCCCAACGCACCAAAGGGCGAGCCGCAGCGGCGCAUUACAAAGGAGGAGGCUGAGAAGGCGGCCACGGUUCCGCCACCACCGGUAUUUCUGCGGCCGGUGCCUCAAGUGAUCAUGGUUCGCAUGAGCCGUGAAGAAGAGGAGGCGACGCGCGCGGCGUACCUCGCAGAGCAACAGCGGCUGCAUAGUCGCUCGGGGCAGUCGCAACAAAGCCAGUCCGGCGGCGGCGAUGACGCUGCUGCCUCGAUGUCGACCUCCGCCGCUGCGGCAGGGGCCGCCGAGGGAAGUGAUGUCCUCCGCCCACUCUUGAUGAAGCCGGUCUCUCACCUGCACGUGCCGACGACGCGCUAUCACAGCUUCGAGGACGACCCCAAGUAUAAGGAUGGCCGCAUCCACCUCGUCGAGGAGGAUGGCGUGCUGUACAUGUUCGCCUACAACACCGCCUACGUCGACCCGCGUCUGCGCAUGAGGCAGCAGAGAGAGGAGCUGCUGAAGCAGCAGCGCCAAGGAAAGGAGCGCGAACAACAGGAAAGCCAGGGGGGAAGCUUGGAGCGCGGCGAAGCCUGCCGGUCACCUUCCAGCACGGGGGCUGCAGUCGCCGGCACCGCUGCGAACGUGACCGCCAGUGGAACCACAGCAAGCUCACCAGGGAGCUGUAGCACCGAGCGUAACGCCGCUGCCUCACCCACGACGGACAGUGGCAGCGGCGACGGCGACGGCGCGCUGUGUCACGCGAGCCGGCAGACCUCAUCCUUCUACCACACGGUCUCCGCCUUCGGUAACGAGGAGGACGAGGUGGGCCUCGAAGAACACGGGUCCCAGUCUAAAAAGGCCAAGGGUGCCAGCCCGAGGCGCGUGAGCUCCACGGAGGGCUCUCCAGUCGUGGCGGAUACCACCUCCGCGGUCGCUGCGACGCGGACAGAGAACACCGCGGAGGAGGCGGACGAAGAGGAAGACACAACGCUGUCGUCCGCCCCUAGGGAACCAGGAGGGCACCAGCGGCGGCAGAGCGCCAUCCUGGCCGACAGCAGCGCGUUGCUGCAGCGCUCCGACGGAAAGCCGAGCACCUCCAGCGACGACGACGACGACGAAGACGGUGACGAACAGCGCAAAGGCGGGUCAGCCUCGGCGUGCAGCGUCGGCAUGACCGCAACCACCGUCAAUGGGGUGACGUCAGCGGCAAUGAGGGAGAAGCGGGCGCGCGUGGUGCAGCAGCUGGAGCUUGUCACGGCUGCCCCUUUCAUCCUCCCCAUUUGCCCAGUGCGCAUUGUCGGCUGCAACGGCUACGCCGAGUCUAGCUGCCGCGGUACGCCGUGGCUGCGCGGCUACGAGGACGAACCCGAGGAGGACGCCUACGUGGAGUCGCUGCCGGUGAAGCCGCCGAUCAUGUCCGGUGGCGGUUUCAUCGACGCCAACAUUGGUGACAAAAUUCUUAGCCGCGCCUACCUGCUUGGCUUCCAGGUGUACCGGAACGUCUGCCUCGACGCCGGGCUGCCGAAGACGCUGACGCGGCCUUUCUGGACACUGGGCUUGCUGUCGAACAUUCCGCUGCUGCAGAUCUCGCGUGAGAUGCGCUUCCGCAUGCGGGCGGCUGCCGCCGAGGUGGAGCUCGGCUACCGAGGCCUGCGCGACAUGAUCAAGGGCACAGAGAACGACCUUCAGUCCUACAUCUACGGCUUUUUGGACAUCCUGCCAUACCUCCAGCGGGUCUCGCGCGUGCGUGUCAAGCUGGCAGAGGCGGAGGCGAAAGCAGCAGCAGCCGCAGAGGGCGGUGACGGGGCGGCAAGCUCGUCGUUGCUCCCCAUUGGGCACGGCGCCUCGGAAACACCGGAGGAAGAGGCCCAAGAGAGCCAGAGCCUGCAGGUCCCGCCCGCCAUCCCGACCCGAUCCUCUCAAUCGGCCGUACAGCACAACCUGCUCUUCCCACUCAACGAGAUGGAGUUCUACACGCAGUUCACGAUCCGCGGCAACCAGUCCCUCUCCCGCGUCCGCUGUGAGGCGCAGGAAUCGUUCUUUCACCUGAUCGCCGAGGCGACCGCCCCGGUGUCGACGUCGCUCUUUAUGAAGCCGCUGGAGCUGUCCACGUACGACUACGGUGGCGCCGUCCGGCUGCACCUCCUGUGCAACCGCGUGACGGGCGCGGACGAGCUGCAGGUGCUGCCGCCGCCGCGCAAUCUCGACCAGCUCCUCUCCUAUCAUCGGCGGCGACUGCAGCUGCGGCGUCAGCCCCCCGCGUCAGCGGACGGCAACGCGGCCGCCGCGGCACCGCCUUAUCUCGUUUAUGCGGUCGUGCACCCAUCUGGCAAGGCGCGAGGGCCCUCGUUGGAGCACUACAAGAAAAAUCUGCAGGCCCCCGAAGACGGUGCCGACGCGAACACGCUGGACGAGGCGGAGGCAGCCGCGGCUGCCACCGACGGCACCGGCGGCGACAGACAGUAUGCGGCGCACCAGUACACAUACCCACCGGGCUCCUUUGUUGACAGCGACAUGGUCAUCUACAAUGUCCACAAGGGCCGCUGGGAGCACUUCGAGUACUUCCAUCACCAGCAGCUGGCGCAGCGGCGCGCGCGCAAGCUGCAGGCGCAGGCGGAGACGGCGGUGGGUGAGCCGGACGGCAACAAGACGCCGGCGCAGAGCAACAAGGACACCGCCGAUGCCGCUGCGGCGAAGCAGGCUGCCGAGAGCGGGGAGGCCUGUCGAGGCGCCUUGGUCCCGACCAGAGGCGGUGGCUUCAAUGCCAAUGAUGACGACGAUGAGCAGGAUAUCCACCUCGAGGACAUUCUGCUCUGCUGGAUCAAGCGCCGCCUGCAGAGCGCCACGAUGCGCAACCGCACUGACCCGGGGUGGCUGCGCGACAGCGAGGGGCACAUUGUGCAGGAGGGCCGCUACUACAUCUGGGGCUUCGAACAAGAUGGACAGCAGUAUUUCUACGGUCUGAUCCCAAAGUUUGCCAAGGAAAAGAAGAACAAGCGGCACAACACGGUUGGUGGCAACGCGCACAGUCAACAUCAUCAGGACAACCACACCCGCCGCAUCACCGCGCACGGCAGUGUGGGCGGGCCGUCGAGUGCUUUGAACAGUCACAGUCGACCUCAAAUCGGCAGCAGCAGCAGCGGCGGCGGCGGCGGCAGCGCUCGUGACCGCCACGGCACACUACCCGAAACCCUCGCUCCUGCCUCACAACAGGGCCCCGUCAGCGGCUCGAUAAACGGGCAGCCGACUGAUGGACGCGGUAGUGGCAGGAUGGAGAACACGGAGGUGCGAUCUGGACCGGCGUCCGCUGGCGAAAGUGCCAAAGACCACCCGGCGAUGGCGCCGGCCGUGUCGCUGACCGACGUCAAGGGUGGUGCAGGCAGCGGACUCGACACACGCGCUGACGCGCCGCUGAACGCCGCCUGCCCAGACUCGCAUUCCAGGCGACAGCACCAGCAGCAGCAGCAGCAGCAGCACCCGCGAUCACCCGGUGCCGUGGGCGGGGGUGGUGGUCGCGGGACCACCUCGUCUAGCAGCGCUGCAGCAAGCGCCAACACUGCCGGCGCGAACCGCUUGAGCAACCCGAGCAACGCCACCAGUGGUGCUCGCCUACCCGCACAGACAAGCAGCGCACCCCGCGCUGGCGCUAGUGAGAAGUCAUCGCCGCCUACGUUGUCGUCCCCUGCGGCAGCCUCGGCGUCUUCGUCCACCUCAUCCCCUGUCGCAGCGUCAACGGCGCCUCCAGCCUUCGCCUACAACACUCCAGGUGUCGCCAGCCGACGCGCUGCAGGUUCUCGCGGAGCCGCGUCACCACCACCAUCGGCGCCCGCAGCGUUGGUGAUUCCAAAGGAAUCGGAGGCAGCACUAGCCGGAAGAUCAGGCGCGGCGGCAGUAGGACGCGGUGGCCCAUCCCUUGCUGGCGUUUCCCUAGCACAAUCACCGCCGUUGUCCGUGGUCCUUGGAGGAGCUGCAGCCGAGGCAGCCUCAUCGUCCUCCAACCCCCGCACACUUCCGCAACGCCAGGACGGUGUGAGCCGCAUCAGCGGCCGAGACAAUGUCUCGCGUGGGCAGCAGUUCAGCAGCUCGGCUACUACAACGGCGCAGUUCAGCCGCCAGUCCGCCACUGCACCGGCCGCGGCCUCUUACACGUCCGCCGAGGAGGUCGGGUACCGUCAAGGACGCGGAGAGCGGCGAGGCAACGGAGCAGAAUCGGCGUAUGCGUCGCCACACUCACAGCAGCGUCAGCAGCAGCAGCAGCAGCAAGGUUGUCGCAUCAGCGACCCCGGCGCAGUGGUCUUGGGAUAUAAAGGAGCUCUGCAGAACCGCUACCAUGCGCCGCCGCACCAGCACGAGUACAUGCAAGCGCCCUCAUCCGCAGCAUACGACAACAGCAGCAAUGCCACCAAUUACGGUGGCGGCAGUCGUGCUAACAGGUACGCUGCGACGUCACACACAUCGGGACACAGCUACUCGGACGUGCCCCCUCCUCCUCCUCCCCCCCAGUCACCGCCACCGCCGCCGCCACUUCUCCCUGCCGGCGCGGAGAACGCGGCGUAUGAGCAGUCACAUGAAGGCUACCCUGCUCCUGUAGAGCAGCAGCACCAUCAGCAUCAGCAGCAACAGCAGCCUUCCGACUCUCCACCACCGCCGCUACACCUCCAUCCACCCACCGUGUAUAUGAACACGGGUGCCGGGCAGGCAAGCCAGCGCCCUACGUUGGUGCUCGCCGGGCCACGAGUGCCGUCUCCUCGUCACGCUCAACAGCAACCGCAGCAGCAGCAGCAGCAGCAGCAGUAUGCCUCCUACAACACAAGGCCCCACCAGCCGCAGCAGCACGUGUCUCACCAGCCGUCCUACAAAACGCAGCCGGCUAUGGCAAAGGCCGUCAGCGGUGCCAGGGUGCAGCCGCCGGAAAUGGCGCCUGGCCCCUACCACCACCACACCCAGCAGAUGGUGAUGGCCAUGUCUGCGCCGAACGUUGGCCCCGCUGCCCCGCCCCCGCCGCUGGUGCAGGCCAACGCCGCUAUGAACACGAGUUCCUCUCGCUAUGCACCGCACCCUCGGAUGGUGGCCAGUGGCGCCGGAGCGGCGCCGAUGCAGGAGCAGCAGCAACUGGCGCCGGUGACGGUCGUCUCAGUCGCACCUCCCUCUGCGCUGGCUGGGGGCAAUAGCAUGUACUUGGACGUGUCGGCUGCCUCCGUGGCGCCGUCAGGUUCGCGGUCCGCGUCUUAUUACCCCACGAGUCCCUCGCAGGUGUCCUACGGUACGUCGUCACAGACGGCGACAGCCGCCAUGCACCCUGCAGGCCCGCAGGGCAACGCUGCGUCUCCUCAUACCGGCUCUGGCCCUCCGGUGCUGCCGCCGCUAAAGCAGCAGCAGCAGCCAGCGUACCCUCCAUCAGCGAUGGUGGACGCCAGCACCGCAGGUGGGCAAGGAAGUGUCGCCAACCGCUGCUACCUGCAGCAGAAGAAGCCACAAUCACCUCCGAGUGGCCCAGCGUCGGCAGCCCCAGGAGGCGCGCGCUACGGCCAGAUGACGUCACCCACUUCGCAGCAGCAUGCCUAUCAGCAGCAGAUGGGGACACGCAACGCCAGCUAUGAUGAAAGAAGCAGUGGUCAUAAUUACGGCACCUACGCCGCGUCCACCGCCAAUCCGAACGCCAACAGCAGCUUCAACCGCGUGGGGCUCUCACUGUCAGCGUCGGCGGCAACGGUGAAAGCAGUCACAGGCGUCGCUGGAACCUCAAUGCUCAUGAGCAAUACCUCCGCGUCUCUGCCGUCUACCGGCAGUGGCAUGGGGCGAGGCACGCACGGCUACGCGCCGCAACCGUCAGGGUACCCUACGAGCGGCAGCACUAGCUUUACGGCGACCCCAGUAGUGGCAAUGGCGGCAGGAGCGACCGCACCGGCAUCAUCCACGAUGUCUGGCGCGGAAGGCAGCGCAGUCAACGCCUUCCCCUCGUACCAGGCCUCGCCGCAUCCACAGCAACAACAACACCAACAGCCGUCACCCCAGCAGCAUCAACAGCAGCAGCAGCAAGCGAGCGUCGGUGGCAGGACCGCAGGAGUUCCCUCGCCGGCCCCACACCAGUAUCGCACCACACCCACUGCCGAGCAGCAGCAGCAACAGCAGCGGGAUUCGAGGUAUCCACUUCAAGUGAUGACGCAGUCGUAUAGCAACGACUACAACGUCAACGGCGGCGUGCCUGCCAUGACAACUGGUGGGAGGGCUUCGAGAGGUGUGGCGGUGGACAAUGAUGUUUUGGAGAGCAGUAGCUACGAUGACGCCGUGAUGCAUGGCAGUCGAGGCGCUCAAGCGGCAGCUGGUGAAUACCAGUUGUCAUACCAGCAGCAGCAGCAGCAGUACCAGCAGCCGUAUCCACAAUGGCAGCAGCAGCAGCAGCACUCCACAUCGGCCUCCUCCCAGCCAUCGUCGUGCGCGCCUACGCCGCUUCCUGUUCAGCAGCAGUACCAGCAGCAGUAUGCGACACAGGCAGGUAAUGGCAGCGACAGCAACGGCAGUAGAGUCCACACCCAUACGCAGGCGAGCCGCGCCAGUGCCACAGGAAACAUGAACGCCCCCUCAGCGUACGCGCACGAGCAGCAAACAUCACCGUACCCGCAGCACGCAGGGGCACCGCCCGCGUCUCCGGCAGCAGCUGCUGGCGAUGGUAGUGAUCGCGGUGCAGCAGCCGCUGUGACACCACCGGCUGCCGUCGCGCACUUGUCUACCCCCAUGCAGAGUGCCAACUCGCUCAACAGCAACGUCGCCGCCAUGACGUCUGCCGGCUCUUGUGAAUCCACGCAGGCGUCAUCCGCUGCAGCGCAGCUGAAGCGUAGCAGUGACAGCUACGGGUACCGUUCCUCACGGUCUGGACCCACCUCGCCGUACUUACAGGCGUCGCCGCAGCAGCAACAGGAGCAGCAAGAACCUCAGCGGUAUUUGCAGCAGAACCAGUACCCCCAGCAGCAACAGCAACUACAGCAGCAGCAGCGCUCUGCUACUCGGACCACCGCCGCAGCCGGCCCUUUCCCCCGUGGUGCAGGUGGUGGUCUUCGACCAAAGGCAAUGAUGAGCGCUGGUGGGGCCCCAUCCGCGUCCCUCCAUCACGCAUACACGCUUCACCACCACCCGCAGCAGCAGCAGCAAAGAGCCACUCAUUCGUCCCCUGCGCCGGGCGGGUACUACCAGCAGCAAGUUCUAGCGCACCCACAGCAACAGCAGCAGCUGUCCGUAGCAUCGCAGCGGCUAACCGCGACACCGAACGCCAGCGGCACGCUGCUCCGUGUCUCGCCUGGGUCGCAGCAGCGCUACAACCAGCAGUAUCAACGACAGCAGCAGCAGAAGCCAACGUCUCCGUACACCUCUACGAAGGAAGAAGUGGAAGGGCAGAUGCAGACGAGCGGCAACUACAACAAUCACAACCUGUACAACAGCAACGUGGGCGUCGCGGAGGCCUCAUACGAGUCGAGCAACAACACGACGGCCCAGCGCUUCGCACACAACCCCUACGCGAUGCAGUAG